UCAAUUUUCUUCCAACCCUAAUACAACUCAUCAUAGUAGCCCAACAGAUCUCAAAACUGAAGGCAAAGUACUCUAAUCAAUCUGAAAAGCAAAAAAAAAAGGGAAAUUAAGAUUCAACUCAACCGUGUUUUCCAGACAACACUGUCAGCAACAAAAACAACUUCUUUUGCUGCAAAACAACACAACCCCCCUCCCUUAAACGCAACCCUGUUCUUCCAACAAACAAAACACAAUACUGUUCUGUUCUGUUUCAACACACCCCACAACCCAAAAAGGAAACUUUUUUAUGUGCCAUGGAUGAUUAUGAUUCUUCCAUGGCAGAACAUCAGCACCCAUCAACGCAACCACCAUUAUCAGAACUUAUUCACUCUCUAGAACAAGCAACUUUCAUGGCAAAACAGCUUCAAUCCACGACCAACCCUUCCCACCUUCUCCAAAUUCACACCUCCCUCCACCAUGCCCACCAAAACCUCUCUACCUUCCUCUCCACCCUCCAAUUCCCCCAUCCCCCUCCGCCACCGCCCGCCGCUGAGAACUCUGUCUCCUCCGCCAAUGGGGCCGCUGGGGAACCGAUGCAGAUGGGUGAUGAUGAUGGUGGUGGUGGUAAUGGUGAUGAUGGGGUGGUUGAUGCAGAGGAGACAUCAAAGUGCACAAUUGAAAAGGUUGAGGAGAAGAUGAGAGACUGCUUCAUCAAGAAUAAGAGGGCUAAGCGGCCCCUUUCGCCUUCGGCGGCCGCGGCAAUUGAGGAGAAACGGUUGUCUGAUGAAGGGUUUGUUGGGAGAGUUAAGGACUAUGAUCCACAUGCAAUGAAGUUGAGAGCUUUGGACCUUGUUUAUCAGUUUCAUGGUUGAAGAAGAAAAACCAGUUUUAUUUAUCACCAUCAUCAUCAUAGAACACAAGCAUUGAAGCAUGAGGAUAUAGCUAUUUUUGUAGAUUCAUCUCUGGGAUAUAGUUUCAAUUUGGAAGAUGUCACAUAUGAUAUGUUAAUUUGGCCUAUUUUCUUUUGUUCUA